AUGGACACCAAGGACGAGCGUGUCAAUGACGGGAUGGCGGAUGAGGGCAUCCACGACAACGCUCGACCGAAAGACACAGGCGGUCGCCCGUUGGCGGACUGGCAAGACAGCAACUCGGCACCCCGGUACCCCAUCCCGAAGAGAGCCAUGGGUGCCGUCGAAAUCCCUAUGAUUGUCAUGAACCUGGAUCGAACAGAAAAGGCCUUUGGUAAUAUCUCAUCUUUUCAAAACAUCCUGGACACGGAGCGCAACACAAUCCCAUUCUAUCUCAACCCCGAGAGCCCCUUCCGCAGACCCAUCAUGUCUCACAGCGCUACCAGUCACAACGUGGUGUUGAAAAUCACAGUGCCGAAGCGCACCGGCAGGAAGCGUAAGAGGGGGACCAACGGGCCGUGGGAGGGCGAGGUCGACAUGGCCGACAUCUCCAGGUCGAGUUCGUCAGGGGAGCAGAUCUGCUCGAGAUCCAGGCUGGACAACCCAAAAGUGUUACGGCGGAAAAUGCAGGAUAACGUCGACAACUACGACGUGGAGGCUGUCGGUGUCAUCAAGCACACCCAUCGCUUCAGAGGCAUGGCGGACUUCCACUGGGGCCUCGAGCAGUCGCCUUUCAUAUCAAGGUUCAUGAAUCAGGUCAUGCCUGGCGACAUCACGCAAAUGAGAGACUUCAAGUUCCUCGACGGCGUGGACAAGGGACCGAACGCAGACAUCAUCCCGCCGCCAGUGUGGACGCCAAUGACACUGCCGUUCAUUUACAACUACUCCCAGAAUCCCUACGUGCGCUCCGAGCUCGAUCACGCCGGCCAGACCAAGCUCAUCAACACUCAACUGCCGACCCUCAUCGGCUACUUUCUCAAGGCGGACCAAUACCCUAUCCCGGAUGGGCCGCAGACGCCCUACGAUGGCACCGACGAGGAGGUCACGCACUGCAUCGCGCGCAUGCAGGAGGCGAUGGAGGAGCGUCCCAUCUGGACACGCCGGUCGCUCAUGAACAAGCUCGGCUCCAUCGUCCGCAAUGCUAAUGUCAUGAAGCGCUGCGUCGGCUACGUUGGCUACCAGUUCCGCGGCGGGCCCUGGCGCGACGCCAUCAUCAAGUACGGCAUCGACCCUCGCACGGAUCCGGCCUACCGGACAUACCAGACCAUGAUCUUCAACAUGCGCAAGCUGCAGGCGGGCCACAUCGGCGAGACAUGGCAUGCUAUCCGCAGCCUGCGCACCGAGCAGCGCCAGCCGCAGGGUGAUAACCAUGAGUCUCACGUCUUCGACGGCAAGUCGUACUGGACUGACGGCAAGGUCUGGCAAAUCUGUGACAUCACCGACCCGCUCAUUGCGAGGCUCUUCGCUGAAGCGCCGCAGCGGCCCGAGGUCGACAUUUACAACAGCGGCUGGUACCACCAGGGGACGUGGGCCAAGGCCAAGGGCAUCAUGAAGACCAAGAUGAUUGCGAUCCAGUUCGGCCGCAAGCUCAGGGACGACGACUUUGCGGGCAUCUUCGACGUGCGCGAUACGACGCCGCCGCCGGGUGCCUCGAGCGUCCACGUGCCGCUGCCAGACCUCGAGCUCACCGAUGCCGAGAAGCGCGUGCUGUACGGCCGCCGCUUCAAGGAGCCCAAGAAGAAGCGCAAGGGCACUGCCUACCGUGUCACCAAGUCGAACGGGCCGCGCGGCGUGGCCGCUGCGGCGGCGGCAGGCAGUGGCGGGGGCACGCCAAACCCGGAGAUGGGGGUACAGGAGGAGCUCAUGUCUGCCGGGGAGGACAGUCUCGAGGAGGACGAUAGUGAGGGCGAUGAUGACGAGGAUGGCGAGUUUGGCGGCGAGGGGCGUGUGUUUGCGCCCGUGCCUGGUCUCGAUGAGGCCAUGGAUGGGAUUGCUGAGGAGUACGGCGACGAGGACGAGGAUGGGGUGGGUUACGGCUACGACGAGGAUGCCGAGGGGUACGAUGAGACGCAUGUCUAUGACAACGUGGGCGAGCUGCAUAUCGGCGUUGCGUAUGCGGCAGAACAGCCUGGUGAAGCGGACGUGGAGACGGCCUAUCCCUCGGAAGCACUACCAUGA